AUGUCUGCUCGGUUUGUAGUUGCAUUAUUUAUGUUAAAUUUUGUAAAAACUUUUUCGUCAAACAACGAUCCUUUGGUGAAAAUACCACAAGGACUUCUUAAAGGAACUCAUUUAGAAACAAGAAAUGGCAGAAAAAUUUCAGUUUUUCUGGGAAUUCCCUACGCAAAGCCUCCGAUUGGAAAAUUAAGGUUCAGGAGCCCGGUACCAGCUGAAAAAUGGAAAGGACUGCGUUUAGCUCACACUGAGGGCAAUAUGUGUCCUCAAUUAAAAAGUAAAAAUUUGCUAGGUGAUGAAAAUUGCUUGUAUUUAAACAUAUACACACCAAUUCUAGAAUUUAAUUCAACUUUGAUCAACUCAAAAAAAAAUUUGUUACCAGUAAUGGUAUGGAUACAUGGAGGAGGUUUCAAAACAGGAAGUGGAAGUUUUACUGUCUAUGGACCAAGUUAUAUUUUGGAUAAAGAUGUUAUUCUCGUCUCCAUUAAUUAUCGAUUAGGAGUUCUUGGUUUUUUUACCACAGGUGAUUUAUUAGUGCCAGGAAAUAUGGGAUUGAAAGAUCAAGUACUUGCUCUUAAAUGGGUUCAAGAAAACAUCCAUUUUUUUGGUGGUGAUCCAGAUAAAGUUACCAUUUUUGGGCAAAGUUCAGCUGGAGCUUGUGUAAAUCUUCACACUAUCUCAGAUGCAUCUAAGGGUAAUGUGAUUCAAGAUUAUUUCACCAAUAUAUUAUCCAAAGUGGUACUGCAUUUUCUGGAUGGACAUAUCGAAAGAGAAGUCAAUUUAAACCUCACAUAA